AUGCGCGUCCACCAACAUGUAUACAAUGGAGUUGGUUUAGGAAAACUCUCCUAUUCCGAUCGAUGGAUCAAGAGGUUGGAAAGAUUCGGUGAGAAGGCUAAGUAUCCACCGCCACCAAAAAUUCCAGAGACACAAAUAUACACUCAAGAUGAUAUAAAGGGACUAAAACCAAUAAAUCCAGUUUGGAACACCAGGCGUUGUGGCGUGCUAGCUUACAAGUUGGGUUGCAUGUCUCUUUGGGAUGAUUGGGGGGAAAGACACGCAGUUACUGUAUGCCAAAUUGACAGAUGUGUCGUUUUGGAACGGCGAACAAUAGCUACUCAUGGCUAUGAGGCAGUACAGUUGGGAAUUGGCUAUGGACCAGUGUCUAAACAGACUAAGAACAAUUUGGGCAGAUAUAUCAAAUUAAAUGUGGGCGCAAAGCACAUUGUUAAUGAAUUUAAGUGUUCUUCAGACUGUCUAUUACCUGAAGGACAUUAUAUGAGCGCAAAUCACUUCACACCUGGACAGUGGGUUUUUGUUAGCGGAUUUAGUAAACCAAAGGGGUUUAAGGGUGCAAUGAGACGUUGGGGUUUUGGUGGUCAAAAUGCUAGCCAUGGCACCGAAUCCAAGGCGCAUUCAGCACCUGGGUCUAUUUCACAAGGUAAAAGCGUUCACAUUGUAUGGAAGAAUACCAAAAUGGGUGGACAUGUGGGCCUCGAACCACGUGUCAAUAAUUGCAGAGUCUUCCGCAUUGAAACUCACAGAAAUUUAUUGUUUCUAAAGGGUGUAGUACCUGGUUAUGUUGGUUCAGUUGUAAAGAUUAAGGAUGCAUUGGGCAAAACAUGGCCCAGGAAUAAGGGGCUGCAUAUUCACUAUCCCACCUUCAUACCCCAUCCAGGUAGGCCCUACCCGGUUACGGUACAGGAAAAACCACCGGAGAAGGAUCCUUUCCUGUUUGAUGAAUUGCCGAUGUAUGAUAAAACGUAG